CCCAAACUUAAGCCUGCAAAAACUCCUCUCUUUCACUGCCACAACCCUUCAAAAUUGCCGGGAAGCCAACGGCUCCCUAAAACCCUAAACCUCCCACACCCAGUCGUUCUCACUAAAGCUUCCAUCUUUGAUGUACUCUCUCUUUCCCCAUACCUCUCCACACUCAGAUUUUCCAUUUCCUUGGAUUCAAACACCCCCUGAUCCCUCUUUUGCUUAAACCCUAAUCCCCAAUUUCCAUGCUCAAUCAAAUCCACAAAUGGAAGAAGCCCAUCCAUUUUCUUCAAAAAUCUCGAACCCUCUCUUCCCUCAUCUUCACUAAAUCCUCAGCCUCUGCCGCAAAGCCCACCGCCGGCCCCAGCAGCACAACCAAUGUCUCCGAACUCAUCACCGGCCUGAGAAUCUUGGGUUUGGGUCGAAUUAACGGUGACCAUUACUAUAGGAAUAUUAUUUCGACUUUGAAUCAGACCCAGGUGGAUAUUAUUAUCGAAAGGUUGAGCCUUGAGGACCCUGAAGCGGGUUUCGGUUUCUUCAAUUUGUUGAGGAAUGAGUACGGUUUUCGGCCUUCAAGGGUUUCGAGUUUCGCAGUUUCUCAUGUUUUAGCGGCGAAAAGGUGGUUUGAGGAGUUGCGUUUGGUUAUGAAGCAAAUGGUAGAGGAGGAGGAAGGUUCUGGUUCUGCAACAUCACUUUGUGAGCUGCUAUUGAGUAGAUUUAGGGACUGGGACUCGAGUGGUGUAGUGUGGGAUGUUUUGGCGUUUUCUUAUUCGAGAAGUGAGAUGGUUUAUGAUGCCCUGACUGUUCUUGCUAAGAUGAAAGAUCUGGAUUUGAAAGUUUCCAUGGCAACGUAUAAUUGCUUGUUGCAUAAUUUAAGGCACACGGAUAUCAUGUGGAAUGUGUAUGAUGAAAUUAAGGACAGUGGAACUCCUCAGAGUGAGUACACUACUUCUAUACUUAUAGAUGGACUGUGUGAGCAAGCCAGCAUACGAGAUGCAGUUUCGUUUCUCUUGGAUGCUCAAAGGAAGGAGAAUGGGCCUUCAGUUGUUCCGUUCAAUACCAUUAUGUCGAGGUUCUGUAAAUUGGGUUUUGUGGAUAUUGCCAAGUCGUUUUUUUGUAUGAUAUUCAAGUAUGGACUACUUCCUGAUUCGUACAGUUAUAAUAUUCUUAUUCAUGGGCUGUGUGUAGCAGGUUCAUUGGAAGAAGCUUUGGAGUUUACAAAAGACAUGGAGAGGCAUGGGCUACACCCUGACACAGUGACCUACAAUAUUCUUUGUAAAGGGUUUCGUCUACUUGGUUUAAUGACUGGAGCUCAGCAGGUCAUUCAGAAAAUGUUGGUUAAAGGGUUAAAUCCUGAUCAUGUUACAUAUACAAUUCUAAUAUGUGGGCACUGCCAUUCUGGGAAUAUUGAGGAAGCCCUUAAGCUGCGGGAAGAGAUGCUUUCAAGGGGUUUUCAAUUGAGUGUCAUUUUGUAUAGUGUACUGCUUAGCAGUUUGUGUAAAAGUGGACGAAUAGAAGAAACAUUGAGAUUGCAUUAUGAGAUGGAAGCUGUUGGCUUGGAACCAGAUCUUAUAACAUGUUCUAUUCUCAUUCAUGGCCUGUGCAAGCAAGGAAGUGUUCAAAGGGCUAUUGAAAUAUAUAGAGAAAUGUACUUGAAGAGAAUACUUCCCCAUUACUCUGCACACCGUGCUAUUCUUUUAGGUCUGCGCAAGAAAGGAGAUAUAUCUGAGGCAAGGAAGUAUUUUGAUACUCUAGCAACAAUCACAGAGGAUAUUGUUUUGUAUAAUAUUAUGAUGGAUGGAUAUGUAAAACUUGGUAAUAUUGCAGCAGCCUUACAGUUAUAUGAACAAGCAGUUGAAAAAGGAAUAACUCCUAGUGUUGUCACUUUCAAUACGCUUAUGUAUGGUUUCUGCAAUAGUGGAAAACUAGUUGAGGCCCAACGGAUGUUGAAUAUCAUUGAGCUGCAUGGAAUGCUACCCAGUCCAGUUACCUAUACGACUCUUAUGAAUGGCUACUGUGGACAGGGAAACAUUCAUGGGAUGCUUGAAUUGCUCCGGGAGAUGAAAGCAAAAGCUGUAGAUCCAACUCAUGUAACUUAUACUGUAAUUAUCAAGGGACUCUGCAGACAGAGGAAGCUGCAAGAGGCUGUCCAUGUAGUUGAGGAAAUGUAUGCUAAGGACCUAACCCCAGAUCAGAUCACAUAUAAUACCAUCAUUCAAUGUUUCUGCAGAGCUCGAGAGUUGAAGAAAGCUUUUCAGUUGCACAAUGAGAUGUUAAUGCAUAAUCUCGAGCCUACUCCUGUUACAUAUAAUGUUCUCAUCAAUGGUCUUUGUGUAUAUGGUGACCUAAAUGAUGCUGACAAGCUAUUGGUUUUUCUUGACGACCACAACAUCAAUCUAAGAAAAGUUGCUUAUACCACAUUAAUCAAAGCACAUUGUGCAAAGGGUUUUGUACUUAGAGCAGUGGAGCUCUUCGAUCAGAUGGUGGAGAAAGGAUUUGAAAUCUCCAUAAGAGAUUAUAGUGCUGUAAUUAAUAGAUUAUGCAAAAGGUCUCUAAUAACUGAAGCAAAAUAUUUUUUCUGUAUGAUGCUAUCUGAUGGGAUAUCUCCUGAUCAUGAGCUUUGUAAGGUGAUGCUCAAUGCUUUCUGUCAAGAUGGUGAUUCAAGUUCAGUAUAUGAACUCCUUGCUGAGAUGAUCAAAUCUGGCAUUCUUCCUGAUUAAUCCAUGGAAAGGUGAUAUUGCUUAGCCUCUGGCUAUUGGAAAAAGCUGUUCACUGGCUCAUAUAAAAGGUUCAAGCCAUGAGCUCUCAGGCCCACCCUAUUUCCUUCCAAACAAGGUUCUUUAAGAGAUGCAAAGAAGUGAAAUCUCAGCUGGCAUAAACUGCAGCUUUUGUUUCUGGCAUUUUCCUAAGAUGUGACUUUAAAGUUUAAAGAAAACUCCAGGAGCUUAGAUAAAAAGCGUUCCUGACAGAUGGAGUUGAAACUGGUUCAAAAGCAUCUUUCCAAAUCGUUUUAUUCCCUCUGAAAAUGAGUUCUCAUCCUACUUGCUGAUUAUAACUCAGGAGUCAGGACUCAGGAGCAAGGGAUAAAUUGCUAGUCAAUAGUCAUGCAUGUCUCUGUCUCAUGCCUUCCGGAAAGGCACCUACUUGAGUUCCGCUUGAAUGAUUUUCUCCAUGACCAUAUGGUUGGGGUUGAUUUGCAAUAUUAAAGAAAGAAGAUGUGAGGUCGGUUUCUUCUCAAAACAAUCAAACAUAUAUGGCUUGCUUGCCUCUCGAAAUCAUGGCCAAACCUGGAAAGAAUGGUGAAUUGAGUCACCAUGUCUCCUCACUUCAUCAUGCUCUCAUCAGCAAGAACAUAGCAGUUACUUCAUGCAAAUGUAGUCUGAAUUUUAUAUUGUUCACCGAAAAGUAAUAACAAUUUGCUGGACUUUGUUAGAUGUCUUUCGCCACAAACAUAGUAGGUGCUUAUUGUGGUUGUAGUUGUACAGAUUGUUUGUAAAAUUAAAGAAACCAUUGUUGUUAGACGAACAUAUUUUCUUUUUAUCAGUAUACGGAU